AAAAGCAACUCUCUCUCUGUCUCUCCUCUCCCAAUCGCAGAAAAAGAAUUGCUGCAGUAAGUCUCUCUCAAAUCCUCGUAGGAGCAGAUGGACUACCUAACAUGUCCUCCCCGGUGCACAUUAGCAUGCCCCUUUAAAUCCUCAGAAACAUACAAACCCCCAUCUAUUGCACAAGAAUCAGACAAAAAGCCAUUUCCCAAAUCCUCCUCCCCAUUAUGCUAUUUCCCUUCCCGCCGCCCAUGGGCGCCGGUUACCGGACACUUUCGCUGCGCACGUUAGCAAACAGCCAUGUACAGAAAUAUCUUCCUCGCAUCUCUACGUUGAAUCCUCUGAAAAACAAACCAGCACUGCAAAAUUCAUGAAUUCAAGCAAAACCUAUCUCCAAAAUCUCUUCAAUUCUCAGCAAGAUGGCUCAUUUCUUCUCUUCCUCUCUUCUCCUCGUCUCUCUUCUAUUACAUCCUUCUUUCGCCUCAGCAACUGCUUAUGAAAAAUAUACAUCUGUGGUUGGGGAUCCAGCUAUGAAGAGCCAAAACAUAAGAGUCGCAUUGGAAAGUUGGAAUUUCUGCAAUGAAGUUGGGCAGGAAGUGCAGAACAUGGGCAGCCCGAGGGCCGCAGAUUGCGCAGAUUUGUACUGCCCGUUGAUUGCAGAUCCUUUGGGCAGUCACCAUCAUGGUAAUGUGAACGAAUGCAUAGUGCACCAGAAGGUGAUGGAAUCCGACAAUUGUCUACGGGCUGGUGACAAGUUUCCCGAUUCUUCCUUUGAAUCUUACAGUGACCCUGACUUGUAUGCCGUGGAGAAGGAACUGUAUCUUGCUUCACUUUGUGAGGUGAACGAUUCGAAGGACCUAUGGCAGUUUUGGAUGAUUAUGCUGAAAAAUGGGAACUUUGAUACCAAAACUGCACUUUGUCCUGAAAAUGGCAAGAGGGUUAGUCCCAUUAUCACAGACAGAAAGUUCCCAUGCUUUGGCGAAGGUUGUAUGAAUCAUCCACUUAUAUAUCACAACUCCUCGAGAGCUUACUAUUCUGGAAAACAAAUGGCUUCUUUAACUGGAAGCUUUUACGGCUCAUAUGAUCUCGAUUCUGACUUGGGGAAGGGCGUGGGGAAUAACUCGUUCUUUUCCGUGACGUGGGAGAAGAACGAGAUCACAGGGAGUUGGGUUUUCUCUCACAAGUUAACGACAUCUUCAAAAUAUCCAUGGCUUAUGCUGUAUCUUCGUGCCGAUGCAACAAAAGGAUUCAAUGGAGGCUAUCACUAUGAAGGCCGGGGCAUCAUGACAAAGUUGCCAGAGUCUCCGAAUUUUAAGGUUAGAUUGACACUUGAUAUUAAGCGUGGUGGCGGCCCAAACAGCCAGUUUUAUCUCGUUGAUAUUGGGAGCUGCUGGAAGAACAACGGCGAGCAGUGUGAUGGUGAUGUUCUAACGGAUGUGACUAGAUACAGCGAAAUGAUUAUAAACCCACAGACGACAAGCUGGUGCCGGCCAAAUAACCUUGUGUCAUGCCCGCCAUACCACAUUAGUCCAACAGGGGAGAAGAUAAACAGAAAUGAUACGUCUCGGUUCCCCUACUCAGCAUAUCAUCUCUACUGCGCGCCAGGGAAUGCUCAGUACUUGGAAAAACCGUAUGAUAUCUGUGACCCAUAUAGCAACCCCCAAGCACAGGAGUUAGUGCAGAUUCUACCACAUGCAGAAUGGGCUGUGCAUGGUUAUCCUGUGAAAAAGGGAGAUGGAUGGGUUGGAGAUUCUAGGACUUGGGAGCUCGACGUUGGAGCACUCUCUAGUCGGCUUUAUUUUUACCAGGACCCUGGAACAAAUCCGGCAAGGAGAGUAUGGUCCUCGAUCGAUGUGGGUACAGAAAUAUAUGUUAGCCGCGAGGGCGAGACUGCUGAAUGGACCAUAAGUGAUUUUGAUGUUCUGAUUCCUGAAGCUGCUACUCGAGGUGGUGGCUUGUAAGUAGCUAGAAACGUUCAGCUCCUUGAUUUUUUAACCAUUAUCUCACAUGAGCAAUGGAAUGCAUUUCCCCUGAAAUGUUUUUUUUUUUUUUUAUCGAGCCAAUGAAUGGCAUGGAGAAUCUAAUGUUCUUUACUUUUCUUAUGGAAGCAUGAUGAUAAAUCUGAAAGUAAAUUCCACCAAUGAGAUGAGCAUGGCAACAUUUCAUCUGUA